UGGGGACGGAGCAUGGGGUGGGCGGGCGAGUGAGGUGCAUAUAUGUGGCUAAUACUUUCAACAGUGGGAUCCACGCUCCACACAGAGGCAGCCGAGAGCAGGUCCCACUGCUUCAUAUUUAUUACCGAAUUUUAUAAUCCUGCACCCAUCCUUUACGUUACAGUUAAAUAUGGCUGGGCGCAACGAAUUUUUAGUGAUUUUUUUUGGCCACUACAUUUUUUAAAAAAUCAAGACCAUUUUGUUAAUAAUGUAUUUUGUUAUUCGUGCGUAGUUAGUCCUGUGCUACUUGUAAAAAUUAACAACCCAGGUGUAGCCUUUAUAAAAAACCACACCCUAAGAGACCUUUGGUGAUCCGGAAGCUGCAGAGGUGCUUGUGUUUGUCUGAGGGUUGCGCCUCGGGAGAUAAUCCGCGGCUUCGCUCGCAAAUGGACUGCACGGAGACAGCAGCUUGGAAGGAAUGCACCCUGUGGAGAGGCACCUUGGGAGAGAUGGAAGAAGGAGACGACGCCCCUUUGGAGGACAACAGCCAAUCGGAAAACGAGGGCGGAGCUUCUGACCACGAGGGCUCUGUGGGAGGCGAGUCACCUGAGUCAUCCUGCAGUGGCGGGGCUGAAGCCAAAGAGAACUCCGAGGGUCUGAAGGAGCCCGAGAAGGCAGAAAAGGCUCAGGAGCUGGAAGAAUGGCGCGGGCCAGGUGAGCUGGAGCUGGUGACGUCCGAAGGGGAGAGCCAGCUGCGGGCCAAGCAGAGCGUGCCCGAGGGGCUGUCGUGGGGUCCCUAUCGGGGGAACAUCCACAGCGAACCCACGUCUCCGCCGCCCACAGAGCCGGCCAACCAGCCAGUGACCCUUGUGCUGGAAGAUGAUUGUUGCUGGCUGUCGAAGCUGCCACUGGUGCCGGGUGAAGGCGAGGCGAAUUCUGUGAUCUACAAGAAGGAUAACUCUAUCUGGUGCAAGACCACCAAGGCCAUCUUGGAAGGAGAGGCGCUGAGGGCCUUCGUCAUGGCUGAGCCCAUGGGGAUCCCCAACCACACGGUGAAGACUGAGGCCGGGGAGUCUUCUUAUCUGGCCUCCUUGCCCCCCGAAAUCCAGCUUCUGCCCCAGCAAGCAGGCAUGGCGGCCAUCUUGGCCACGGCAGUCGUGAACAAGGACGUGUUCCCAUGCAAGGACUGUGGCAUCUGGUACCGGAGCGAGCGCAACCUGCGGGCCCACCUGACGUUCUACUGCGCCAGCCGGCAAAACGCCGCUUCGCCGACGGUGGAGGAGAAGCCGAAGGAGGCCUACCCCAACGAGCGCGUCUGCCCCUUCCCUCAGUGCCAGAAGAGCUGCCCCAGCGCCAGCUCCUUGGAGAUCCACAUGCGCAGCCACAGUGGAGAGAGGCCCUUUGUCUGCCUCAUCUGCCUUUCUGCCUUCACCACUAAAGCCAACUGCGAGCGUCACCUGAAGGUUCAUACGGACACGCUGAAUGGGGUCUGCCACAGCUGUGGCUUCAUCUCCACCACCAGGGACAUCCUUUACAGCCACCUGGUCACCAACCACAUGAUCUGCCAGCCAGGCUCCAAGGGAGAGGUUUAUUCCCCGGGUGCGAUGGUUCCUUCUUCUGCUGCUGCUGCUGCUACUGCUGUUGCCACAAAACCAUUGACGCCGGGUUUGGGCAGCCCCGUGCCAGCGCCAACGCUCAAGUGCAGCUUCUGCGGCUACGUGGCCGACUGCUUGCCCAGCCUCCAGCAACACGUGGUCCUGCACAGCGUGGCGGCAGCGGCUGCUUCGGCAGCUGUCCUGCCCAGCUCAGAGCCGAGAGCCACCCAUAGCCAGCCGGAGGCCCCGGUGAAAGCGGCCAAGCCGGCAACCAAGGCAACCCCUGCCGAGGAAAAAGCGGCAAACAGCUCCCCUCCUCAGAAGGGAAGCCCCUGCACUGCCUUGGCCGAUGCGGCUCCGCUGGUGCAGGUCAAGGAGGAGCCCCCCGAGGAGGAGGAAGAGGAGGAGGAGGAGGAGGAGGGGGAAGAGGAGGAAGGGCAUGCCGGGCCCCUCCAGGCAAGGACCACCCUGGCUAGUUCGGAGCCAGAGCCGGAGGCCUCCUCCAGGGCCUCUUCCCCGCACAGCUUGCGCUCCGUCAAGGUGAAGUCGGAGGUCACCAGCCCCGUUCCGGGCUCCAGCCCCGCGCCCCCUGAGCCGGGCUCCAGUGCUCCCACCGGCACCCUCUUCCUGCCCCAGUAUGUCUUUGGCCCCGAGGCCCUGGUGGUGCCCCAGGCCUCCGAGAUCUUGGCCAAGAUGUCCGAGCUGGUGCAUGGCCGGCUGAAGCAGGGCCACGGAGGGGUGCCCCCGGCCCUCUUCCCGGGGGGCCCCGUGCCCAAGGGGGCCACCUGCUUCGAGUGUGAGAUCACCUUCAACAACAUCAACAACUACUACGUCCACAAGCGGCUCUACUGUUCCAGCCGCCGGGCGGCCGAGGAGACCUCUCCCGGGCCCCACAAGGUCAAGGCGGGACCUUGCGCCCCCUCCAAAGGGCCCCCCACCCCCGGGGUGCUCCCGCCACCGCCGCCACCACCGCCUGGAGACGGCAAGCCUGGGGGGCCAGAGGGGGAAAGGGGCCCGGCGGCCACCCCCCCUGUCCCCGAGAUCAAGCAGGAGGCGAAGGGGGACGAGGGCGGGGCGAAAGCCAGCCCCUCCCCCGAGGCAGAGGGGGCGGGGCGCCUGAGCGAGGACAGCCAGAGCCCCGGGGCCAGCUCCGUGGAGGAGCCGGACGACGACCCCAGCCGGACCGUGUGCGAAGCCUGCAGCAUCCGGUUCAGCCGCCACGAGACCUACAUGGUGCACAAGCGCGCCACCUCCUCCCCCGGCUUGAGCCCCGAUGCCGAGGGCCCCAUUGACCUGAGCAAGAAGCCCCGCCUCGCCCGGGGCGGGGAAGGCCCCCCGGCCUCUCCGCUGCCCCUGGCGGACUACCACGAGUGCACCGCCUGCCGGAUCAGCUUCCACAGCCUGGAGAGCUACCUGGCCCACAAGAAGUACUACUGCCCGGCCACACCGCUCCAGCCCAGCACCCUGGAGCAGCUGCAGAAGAUCAAGGGGGCCGUCCCGGCUCUGCUGAAGCCCCCGGGGUAUACGGACAAGAGCGUGCAGACCCUGCCGGGCAAAGGGCCGCCCCCGGGCCCCGUGGCCAACGGCAACCACCGGUACUGCCGCCUGUGCAACAUUCGGUUCAGCAGCCUGUCGACCUUCAUCGCCCACAAGAAGUACUAUUGCUCCUCGCAUGCGGCCGAGCACGUCAAGUAGGGCCUCCUGCCCGGGCAUGGUCAGAGCCCCCCCCCCGCUGGCCGCCAUGGCUCUGGGGGGCGGGCGGGUUGAUCGGGAGAGGCGCUUCGGCUGCCCUGAGCGCUCUGUGCCACCUCUCCCCUUUUGGGACUGGAGGGAGCUUUGCACUAGGGUCACGUGCAAGGGGGGGGGAGCAGCUGUCCCUCAGGUGCUGUUUCUGUCUGAGAGAGA